CUAGUGCUAGAACAGGUGCUUUACAGACAGACUAGUGUAGAACAGGUGUUUUACAGACAGACUAGUGUAGAACAGGUGUUUUACAGACAGACUAGUGUAGAACAGGUGUUUUACAGACAGACUAGUGUAGAACAGGUGCUUUACAGACAGACUAGUGUAGAACAGGUGCUUUACAGACAGACUAGUGUAGAACAGGUGCUUUACAGACAGACUAGUGCUAGAACAGGUGUUUUACAGACAGACUAGUGUAGAACAGGUGCUUUACAGACAGACUAGUGUAAGAACAGGUGUUUUACAGACAGACUAGUGUAGAACAGGUGUUUUACAGACAGACUAGUGCUAGAACAGGUGUUUUACAGACAGACUAGUGCUAGAACAGGUGCUUUACAGACAGACUAGUGUAGAACAGGUGCUUUACAGACAGACUAGUGUAGAACAGGUGCUUUACAGACAGACUAGUGUAGAACAGGUGCUUUACAGACAGACUAGUGUAGAA